AUGUCAACAUCUUCCCUGGCUUCUCCCACCACGGAGAAGGCGCAGAAGUUGAAGGAGGCGCAGCUGAAGAUUGGGAUGGCGCUGAAAAAUGCACAAUACGCGCUGACAACGCAUGCCCACCGUGGCCUCACAACUGCACUUCACGAGAACGCGAGUGCACUGACGGCUCUCAGCACGUACCUCUCUCUCUCUGGCAGCCCAGUAAAGGCAGCUGCAAUUGCAGGGCAGAUGGCCAAGAUUCUAAAGUCUGUCGGCACGUAUGUCUCUGCGAAAGAGAGGAACAGCAGUACUUCGCAACAUACCGAAGUGUCGCGCCUCAGCAGCUCAUUUAACACGCCCCCGAGCAGCAGCGUCGUGCUGGAUGAGCUAGGCCUCCUGCCAGAGACUCCACACGAGUCUGCUGGACUCGUGGCAGAGCUGCAGCGAGUAGUAAGGGAGUUGACACGAGAGCGAGACGCGAUGGCAGACGAGAAGCGUGCGCUCGAGGCAGCCUUGGAGGAAUCUCGCCAGCACUCCACCGUCACGCCACAUACAGCAUUUGAGGCACACUCACCGGAUACAGCUGACAAAGACCUUGACGUGGUUAUUCGACAACUACACGCGGAAGUGAAAGGCUUGAAGCACGAGGUGCGCGAGGAGCACAUGAGGGCUGCUGCGUUGCAGGAUCAGCUGCACGAAGCAGAGGAGCAAAUCGAAGAUCAACAAGACCAGGUGCAGGCACUUAAGAUGCAGCUAAGGCUGUCGCAGGAAGAAAAGCUGUCGCAAGAUGCCGCCUUCGCCAAGAAGGAGGAGGAGAUUAAGGCUCUUCAAGAAGCCUUCUUGCAGAAUUCACGCAACACAACGGCCCCAUCGUCAGCGGCGGCAGCAGCAGCUACUCGAUCCCCUCAUGGUUAUGUGGAUAAGGAUGACUUUGACGCCUUAAAACUGCAGAAUCAGCUACUUCAGCAAGCGCUGCGCGAGCAAACAACACAGACGCGACCUACUGAUCCUCACGCUUUACUGAGCCAGCAAACACUAGAGGAAAUUGAAGCUGAUCAUCAUCAACAACUAGAGGCGAUGAAGCUCACCAUUCAAGAACAGUACAAUCGCGAAAACCAACUUCUCGACAAACAGCGCUCGAUGCAAGACACCCUUGACGACCUCAAACGACAGCUUCAGCUCAGCAGUAACCGGCAGUGGGUGCAGCAAGAGCGCGAGAAGCAUCUCAACGAGAUGGACUCUGCAGAAAGACACAUGGAACACCUCCAGGAGACGGUGGAAAGACACGAACAGCACAUCCACUUGCAACAAACAAAGCUCCAACACUACGCUGAAAACGAGCGUAGCACCUCUGACGUGAUCAAGAACCUCGAACAACACCACGACACCCAGAUAGCCAAGCUUAACCAGCAGAUCAUCGAACUACGUGACGAGCUCAACAAAGCUUGUCGCAGAGAACAAGAACUUCACGACCAAGUGCAAGCUAGCAAUACUGAAACACAAGCAACCAUCGCCGCUACAACAGAGCAGUACAACCACCAUCAGCAGCACAUCAGCAGCCUCACACAUAGCAUGGCAGCGGAGCGGGAGCAGCACGAGAGCCGAGUGGCGGAGCUGCAGCGGGCCCAUGCCGCUCAGGUGGCGGAGCUGCAGCAGCGGCUGGAGGUGGAGCGCGACCACGCGGCUGCGAACCAGUCCACUGCGGCGGAGUGCGAGUCUGCGCUGCAGCAGCGUCUUUCCGAGCUGCGCACCAGCAUGGCAGCGGAGCGCGAGCAGCACGAGAGCCGAGUGGCGGAGCUGCAGCGGGCCCAUGCCGCUCAGGUGGCGGAGCUGCAGCAGCGGCUGGAGGUGGAGCGCGACCACGCGGCUGCGAACCAGUCCACUGCGGCGGAGUGCGAGUCUGCGCUGCAGCAGCGUCUUUCCGAGCUGCGCACCAGCAUGGCAGCGGAGCGCGAGCAGCACGAGAGCCGAGUGGCGGAGCUGCAGCGGGCCCAUGCUACUCAGGUGGCGGAGGUACAGCAGGCCCAUGCCGCUCAGGUGGCGGAGCUGCAGCAGCGGCUGGAGGUGGAGCGCGACCACGCGGCUGCGAACCAGUCCACUGCGGCGGAGUGCGAGUCUGCGCUGCAGCAGCGUCUUUCCGAGCUGCGCACCAGCAUGGCAGCGGAGCGCGAGCAGCACGAGAGCCGAGUGGCGGAGCUGCAGCGGGCCCAUGCUACUCAGGUGGCGGAGGUACAGCAGGCCCAUGCCACUCAGGUGGCGGAGCUGCAGCAGCGGCUGGAGGUGGAGCGCGACCACGCGGCUGCGAACCAGUCCACUGCGGCGGAGUGCGAGUCUGCGCUGCAGCAGCGUCUUUCCGAGCUGCGCACCAGCAUGGCAGCGGAGCGCGAGCAGCACGAGAGCCGAGUGGCGGAGCUGCAGCGGGCCCAUGCCACUCAGGUGGCGGAGCUGCAGCAGCGGCUGGAGGUGGAGCGCGACCACGCGGCUGCGAACCAGUCCACUGCGGCGGAGUGCGAGUCUGCGCUGCAGCAGCGUCUUUCCGAGCUGCGCACCAGCAUGGCAGCGGAGCGCGAGCAGCACGAGAGCCGAGUGGCGGAGCUGCAGCGGGCCCAUGCUACUCAGGUGGCGGAGGUACAGCAGGCCCAUGCCACUCAGGUGGCGGAGCUGCAGCAGCGGCUGGAGGUGGAGCGCGACCACGCGGCUGCGAACCAGUCCACUGCGGCGGAGUGCGAGUCUGCGCUGCAGCAGCGUCUUUCCGAGCUGCGCACCAGCAUGGCAGCGGAGCGCGAGCAGCACGAGAGCCGAGUGGCGGAGCUGCAGCGGGCCCAUGCUACUCAGGUGGCGGAGGUACAGCAGGCCCAUGCCGCUCAGGUGGCGGAGCUGCAGCAGCGGCUGGAGGUGGAGCGCGACCACGCGGCUGCGAACCAGUCCACUGCGGCGGAGUGCGAGUCUGCGCUGCAGCAGCGUCUUUCCGAGCUGCGCACCAGCAUGGCAGCGGAGCGCGAGCAGCACGAGAGCCGAGUGGCGGAGCUGCAGCGGGCCCAUGCCGCUCAGGUGGCGGAGCUGCAGCAGCGGCUGGAGGUGGAGCGCGACCACGCGGCUGCGAACCAGUCCACUGCGGCGGAGUGCGAGUCUGCGCUGCAGCAGCGUCUUUCCGAGCUGCACACCAGCAUGGCAGCGGAGCGCGAGCAGCACGAGAGCCGAGUGGCGGAGCUGCAGCGGGCCCAUGCCGCUCAGGUGGCGGAGCUGCAGCAGGGGCGGGAAUUGAAUGUAUUGCGUGACGAGUCGGCGGAGAAGUUUUGGGUGACUUCACAACCGGUGGAUUGGUUGAAGGAGGAAAACGAGUCACUCAAGGUGCAGGUAAGGGAGUGGGAGGAGAAACACACGGAGGUGACAAAGGAGAAGGUGAAUGCGGUGAUCAAGGUGGGGGAGGUAGAGGAGAUGUUGUCAUGUUGCAAGUGCGAGCUGCAACGUCUUAAAGCUGAAUAUUCUUCUCUUCAGAAGACGAUGUCAAAAUCUCUGGAGGAGCGCGAUAUUGCUGUGAAGAGGCUGAAGGAGAGUGCGCAUCUGACAGAGGAAGCGGAGGCAAAUGCGGUGCGGCUUGAGACACUGCGUAAGGAGCUCCAGGAGGUGCAGGAGCGCCUCGAAAUAACAGACAAGGACCGAGCCCUUGUAGUGUCUCGCUACAGGCGUGCGACCACUGAGAAGGAAGAGUGUGCUGACGCUGCCCGUAGACUGCUGACUGAGUAUAAGGAGAUGGCGGCAACGCGUGAGAAGCUGGUAGCUCAACUAGCUGCAGCAGAAGCUUUGGCAGCGGAGAGGAGUAGAGAAGUCGAGGAGCUCACACGGGCGGCGCCCGCCGGUGCAAGCCUUAAAAGCAGUGGACCGAAGGAUGACGCUCUCGAAGCAGUUGGACAGAAGGUCGUGCAGAGUACGGUGAGCGAGAAGCAGGAGCGCAUUGAGGCACUCGUGGGCGAGCUCGAGGCAGUGACUCGAGAAAACAAGAGGCUGAGGUCGGAGCUGGAGGUCGCACAAGUUCGCCAGGCGGCGCCGCAGCGGGCGUCGCUCACUGCCGAGCCGACCUCGAUGCAAUCAGCCUUUGCGCAGGACAUGCUGAGCUCACUGGCGGGGAUGCGUGUCACCUUGAACACGAUGCACACGCAACUGGUUCCUAUUCUGGAGCAAAUUCGUGUGGAAGAGCGUUCCCGCGCUGCAGCAGCAGUAGACCCCUCCGCCUCAACAAGUGCAGUGGAUGCGCUAGAAAAGUUGUACACAUCUAUGGAGUCCGUCCAUGCGGUGACACAAGCUACCCUGGAGGAUUUUGAUAUUGGGGCACGCCAACUCCGUGUUUCUGCCGAGCUGCAGGCUGUUGUUUAUGGCAAGCUACUUGCUACACUGCAGCAACAUCGAGGCAAAGGUUCCACCUCUCCACUCACGUCCACACUGGUGGAUGUGUCACUCGUACGCGCCUGCGCUGCCCUUUUCGGCGAGCUGAGCACCGGCUCAACACCUAGAUGGGAGGAGAACGAGCGCCAUGGAGAGCAGCAACUGAUUAGCCAUACUGACCAACGCUACCGUCCAGGUCGCGCCAGCAGUGCCACUCGAGACUACGUCGCUGCCGCUGAGAAGGAUAGGCAAGUUGCUGUUUCCGCUACCGCGCAUCAGCAGUCUCCGUCGACGUGGUCGCAUUAUCAUGCUUUUUCGAGCGCACCGUCUGUGUUCGCUUCCUCUGUGGGUGUAGACAAUCGAGGGAGGUAUUCCCGCACGGUUAACCACGCUCGUCGGCGCGCAGAUGACCGUGAACUUUCCAUCUUGGACAACGCUGGGUACGGACGGCAACCUUCCCGAGCUGGGUCGCGGUAUCAGUCCUCCUUCGAGAAUUUCGCGAUGGCGCAAGCAAGCAUUUCAGUUGCGGAGGAGCGUGCUAGGCUGCGCACUGCCCCUACUCCGCCGUGGAGAUAG